AUGUGGAGUAAGCAAAGACUCACUUUUGUGGUGGUCGGGAUCUUGUUCCAUUUCUUUUACCUAUGGUCAAUCUUCGACAUCUAUUUCGUGUCGCCGCUAGUUCAUGGAAUGAAAGCGCACCGGAGUACAGACCAACCGCCAGCAAAACGGUUAUUUCUGGUGGUUGGCGAUGGCUUGCGAGCAGACACCGUUUUUGAAAAGAUAACUCAUCCGAUCACUGGAGAAACUGCACAUCUCGCGCCUUACAUCAGAUCUAUUGUGGAAAACAACGGAACUUUUGGUGUCUCGCACACCAGAAUGCCAACGGAGUCAAGACCAGGUCAUGUUGCGAUGAUCGCCGGUUUCUAUGAAGAUGUGAGUGCCGUGACAAAAGGGUGGCAGGAGAACCCUGUGGAUUUCGAUAGUUUCUUCAACCAGUCAAGACACACAUACUCAUUCGGCUCACCAGAUAUCUUGCCCAUGUUCCAAAAGGGAGCCUCAGAUUUCAAUAGAAUUGACACUUGGAUGUAUGGGCAUGAAUUCGAAGACUUCACACAGUCAUCGAUCGAACUUGACGCCUUUGUAUUCAAUAAACUCGAAGAUCUCUUUCACAACUCUACCGUCGAUGAGAGGCUUAAUGAAGAAAUAAGACAGGAAGGAAAUGUCUUUUUCCUUCACCUUUUGGGGUGUGAUACCGCUGGCCACUCUUACCGUCCGUACUCGGCCGAGUACUAUGAUAAUGCCAAAUAUAUUGAUACACAAUUGGCUAGUUUGGUUCCAAGAGUUCAUGAGUUCUUCGGCGACGAUGACACAGCAUUCAUUUUCACUGCUGACCACGGAAUGAGCGCAUUUGGAUCCCAUGGUGAUGGCCACCCUAAUAACACCAGAACACCGCUUGUAGCGUGGGGACCAGGAAUUAAGAAACCUGUUAUAAACAAUACCCCCGUCUACGAUAACUACACACACGGCUGGAAUCUGUCUCAUAUUAAAAGGAACGAUGUGAAACAAGCCGACAUAGCAUCUUUGAUGUCUUUUUUGAUUGGUGCCAACUACCCUGUCAACUCAGUGGGCGAGUUGCCUUUGGCCUACAUUGACGACUCUGAAGGCCAAAAAUUGAAGGCUCUAUACGCCAAUGCCAGAACUAUCUUGGAGCAGUAUCUUGUGAAGGAAGAGGAAGUUAUAGCUUCACAAUUCCUUUACAAAAAAUAUGGUAAAUUCGACCUAAAGUCCCCAAUUGAGUAUCAGAACGAAAUCGAAGACUUGAUUGAAAGAGUGUCUCAAGGAGAUCUUGCGUCGGAGCCCGUCGCUAUUCAGCUGACGGAGGAACUGAUGACCAACACCCUAGAUGCUCUUUAUUAUUUGACAACUUACAAUAGACAGUUCACAAGGACUAUUGUGACGUUUGGCUUUGUCGGGUGGAUCACAUACUCUUUCGUUUUGUUCCUGAGACUUUUCAUUUUGACCAAAGAGUACCAAGUAAAGGCUUCAGUUUUCCAUUACACAGUCUUUGCAAGCUUGGCAGUUGUUUUGAACUAUACGCUCUACUAUCAAAAGUCUCCGUUCAAUUUCUACAUGUACCUGAUGUUCCCGCUGUUCUUUUGGAGUCAAAUUUUCAGAAGCAAGGUUAUCCUGAGCGAUGGUUUUGGGGAGUUUUUCAAAGGUCUGUCGUGGAACAAGAAGAUCAGCGCGGUAGUGGCGGUCCUGACUGUCUACGAAAGUAUUGUUUACGGAUUUUUCAACAGAUGGAUCUUUACCGCCACUUUCAUUGCACUUGGAUUCUAUCCAAUGGCAUGUGGUGUUCACGGUGUCCGCCAGAACUUUUUUUGGUUGCUCACAAGUUGCUGUAUAUCCGUUUUCACCUUAUUUGACGCUGUCAAGGUGGAGAGUUUGUCGCAGAUCAACGUGGCAAGUGCGAUGAUCGUCCUGAGUGGGCUAUGGGGAAUAAAUCACGUAAGGUCCAGUAUUAAGCGCUACACAUUUGUCCUGUUUCUAGUCCAGAUCGCUCUCAUUGUCGCGAUGGUUGCCAUCACCAACAAAUCUGUGGUUUCUUUGCAGAAUCGUGAGGGACUACCGCGGGACUCGCAAAUUGCAGGCUGGGCGGUUUUUUUCGUUUCCCUGAUUGGAAUGCCCUCAUGCCACUACCCAAAAAUGAACCAAGACUACCGGGUCAGAAUGCUGACUAUCUACCUCACAUUUGCGCCGGCGUUUAUCCUCCUCACGAUCUCGUUUGAGUCCUUCUUCUACUUUUUCUUCACCGCGUACAUUUACCAGUGGAUCGAGAUCGAGUCUGACCUAAAAGCCCACAGAGACGCAUCUACGGCUCCGCAAAACCGGCUACAACUGCUACGUGUCUCUACUAUUGGGUUUUUCCUUAUGCAGGUUGCGUUUUUCGGUACCGGCAACGUGGCUUCCAUCUCUUCUUUCUCGCUUGACUCGGUGUACAGGUUGAUGCCAGUUUUUGACCCGUUCCCCAUGGGUGCCCUGCUAAUGGUGAAGCUGAUCCUGCCCUACAUUACGCUAUCUACGGGCCUUGGAAUUUUGAACUUGAAGCUCCGCAUUAAGGACUACAGCAUUUCGUCCUUGAUUAUUUGCACUAGUGACAUCCUGUCGCUGCAAUUUUUCUAUUUGUUGAAGACUGACGGCAGCUGGUUAGACAUUGGUGUCACGAUCUCCAACUAUUGCUUGGCAAUUUUGUCCUCGCUGGCCAUGCUGCUCCUGGAAUUGAUCAGCCAUGUUCUGCUGAGAAAUGUUUCUCUGCAUCGCACUGCAGAACCCAAGAAGUCACAAUAA